UUAUUUACAUUGGCAGUCGGCGCAGAUGGCUUCGGCUGAGACGCACUCUUUCCUAGCUUAACUUUCGGUGAAGAUAAUUGUAGUCUGAAUUGUGCCAAAUUCGGCGGCCGCUAGCUCAGAUUAACAAUCCGAAAAGCGUAAACCAGUUCCCAGUGUUAUGUAGUUCGCUGCGCAUUGAGCUUGUUCGCUUGGCGUCGAUAAUCCCUCUCAGUGAUCUAGUUCCCCAUGGGGGGGAAAAGGUGACGUAGAACCUUACGCACACAGAUGAAAUCAAGCCCGCGCGCUACGGUGGCAUCGGAGUAGUGACAUUUUCGGUAUUGCGCGCAUGCACUCCCGUGGUUUUGAUGUGAAAUUUUUGCGAUCGUAUCGUUAAUGGAGUAAUUAGCCGUGGGUAAAUGAACGAGCAGCGAACAUAGCAUGCAAUUAGGCGACGGUGGCAAUGAGGGUUAAGUGAGGCAGACGACGGCUUCAUUGAAAUUUCGGGAAGAAAACGCGUUCUUGUUCUUGUCGUAUUAGCCUUCUUUCUUUGUGCAAGUGGUAUCAAGAAUGAUCACAAAAUACAGACUAAGUGAUAAUGCUUCUUUAGGUGAUGUUUCCACACCGAUAAGCGGCAGCGAUAGUACUACCGAAGAAACAACCUGCGAAAGCAUGAACAGAGACGAUCAAUGCAGCAAUGACCAGCAGUCGAACGAUUGUGGCAGAUAUCUACGAUCCCGAUCCAUUCAGAAGAAACGUUUGCCUGGUUCGCUGCUUUCGGACGACAGUUGCAAUGCAGUUGACAAUAUGCUCGGUGUAACGGAUGGCCGCCUAGCACAGACGGAAGAUGCGGACCAGAAUUGUGACCUUUCGUUUAAUGGUAAAAUUAAAACAUUGACUAGUGGAAGUCAACAUGCGACCCUUCCCACGACGAAGUCAAUCGAUGGAUGCACGACGGAUGAUGCGGCAGUUCCGGAAGUUCCGGUCGAUGUGGAAAGCAAAAGUGAUUUGCAAAGGCGGGAGGAAAAGUUCAACGAAUCAUUUGAACUGUUGACGAAAGAGUGCAACACUUUGAUUCACUAUAAUAAUGAAAAAUCACCCGAUUUGUUUGCGGACGACGAUGAGGAAACGGACGUUGGUAGCAAGAAUGAAGCGGAGAAGGAAAAUCUGGAUUAUAGUAUGCAUCGGUCAUACCAACGUGUCAGUGGAACCGGAACGAAGGAAUUAGAUUGUGAAGGCGAAGGUAGCGUAGAUCGGACUGACUAUAUGUUGCUGAAACGAAUGAAGACGUCCCUAUCCGGCAUACCGCCACCGCCAGCGCUAACCUACUCCGACAUUGACGUUGGUACCAUGCUGACGAUAUAUCGUAGCAACGUGAAAUCAUGGCUAGCUACGCAUGGUUUUUCUAAGAACACAGUUGAAAAGACCACUACUGAUGGUGAGGGUGAAGAUGGUAAAGACCAACCGCACCAGCAGUGUCUCAUGAAGCCCACACACUCGACUGAAGAGCUGAGCAACCUACAAUGGCCCGAGCUAACGAAACACCGGGCACACGGACUGCAUUACAACCGGUCAAGAGUGUCGGAGAAUUUUGAACUGUUAGGCUUAAAGUACAUCGAACGGUAUAUAAGCGCGGAGACGAGCUGCUCCUUCAAUAUGACUGUUCUGCAAUCGAGUGCAAAGAAACGAAACCAACGACUAAAAUUGUUAAACCAAUCGCCGGGCAGACGACUAAGCCACCUAGCCCGACGAAGGGCCACGUUUUCAUCCGAAAGCUUACUUAACACCAGCGCCAGCAAGGGUGGCACUAUCGUAAGCGCUAGCAAGAGUGCCAUCGAUGCGGGAGUGCUGAGGAGAUUAAAUCCACACCGAGCGUGCAAUAAUAGACAAGUGCUACUAGAUCCGAAAAAAUCGGACAACCGUAGGAAAAAUAAAAUUAAAACACCCAAACGUAGAACACCGGGUGGAAAAAAGUCGCCGCGCCGUCGUACGCCGGGUUCGUCAGCGAAAAAGCUUUCUUUGCUGCGUGCCAAUGCCGGUGGUAAAUCGUGUACGCAGGUUCACGUUCCCGCCACUCGCGAAUCCUCCAAACGGGCACUAUUUCUUAGCCCACAGAACAGUGACAAAUUGGUAUCACCGGCCCGUAACGAUCUUCGUUUCUCGCUCGGCAGCAAUAGCAAGCAAACGGAACGUUCAAUAUUUUCCGAAGCCCGAAUCCUCAAAUCGAAACGUUCACUAUUUUCGCAACCUCGCGGGACAUCGGAGAGCAACGGCAUAGAGUCCAUCGCAGCUAGUUCCCAUGUGAGCAACUCAACCGCGACCGUGUCGAACAAACGGCGGCGUUCUUCAACCACUGACAAUAAUGACGACGGGGUGGAAAAUGCGUCCGGCGAGCGUACGGAGAAAAUAAGACGCACGGAAUCCUCUGGCCUAACGGAAGAAGAUUUAACGCCACGCUCGUUAAAGUUUGCACGCAGCAAAAGCUUUUGCGUUGGUUUGCAAAGCAUGGGCCUACCGUCGGCGACACCAUCGGACGGCAUCAGUGCGCCCGGCGUCGGUGGAAAAACAUUAAUUCGGGCGAAUUCAGAAAUUUCUUCCUCAGAUGGUCCACGACCAUUAGUUAUGCUGACGGAGAAUCACAAAAAGAAAUUAUUGUGGGCAGUUUCGCAGGCCCUGCAAAGCAAACAAAUUACUGCAAAACACGAACUGUUUAAGCAACAUGCCUCCAACCUGGUGCGGGUAGUGAAAAGACUGUUUUUAGAAUUUAAUGAUCAAACCACAUCAAGCACGAGUGAAAAGCUCUUAAAGCUGGCCAACAAGCACGUGUACGAGGUGAUUCAGGGUAAAAGCGUGGACGAUAUCUAUUUCCGCGAGAAGACACGCAUCAUGAACGCACGAAACAUGCCGAAACUGCAGGGCUAUAUCGCAGCGGAGGAAUACGAAUUGCGGAAGCUGAAGCGAACCACCAGCAUAACUUCAUUCGACGGAUCAUCGCCGUUUGACUGUUCGUUAAGUGCCAGCCAGAGCCUCCUGAGCCAAAGUUCGAUGCUUUCGCAGGGUAGCUCGUUUGGCGGUUUGUCACAGCUUUCGCAAACGACCAGUUUCGUACGGAGCGGAGCGAACAUGAAACCGGCCGCAUCGACUGGUAGUGUGAACAUGGUUGGACUUAGCAACACUUCUACUACUAAUACUGCUUUACGCGAAAACGUCGACAGUGAGCUGCGGCAACGCUCCACUAAAAAGCAGUUGCUCUUCUCUGGCAAGGAUCAGAAAAAUGUAAGUCCCUUCCGGAUGGAAAAGAAUUUGUCGCUCAUAGGCAGUAACGUGAAUGCCAACAAACUGCUGGUCGGUGGUUCGCUUAACUCCAGUAUCAUGAAAGCUAAGCGACAAAUUUCGUUCGAGUAAUGUGUGGAUAAACAACGAUGGCCCUUUUUUUUGUUUUGCCUGCCCCAGAGGUAUUUCAAACUGGGACGUUUUGAUUUCAUAAUUUAACUGGUGAUUUGUCUCUGUAAUGGGUUUAGCAUUUGAAACACAAUUACAAGAAGUAAUUUAUGACCGAUGUGCUAUCAUUAGUUUGUAUCUAUAAGUAAUGAAUUUCGUGUCCGGUAGUGAUGUGUAAUAAAGUUUUAUCAACAAUAAAAUUUGCAAUCGAAAAGCAUUCUACUGCGUGA